CACAGAUAAUUCACACUAACAAUAAUAACACCACCUAAUUGCUCUCUCUGGUCUUACAAAACUGUUGUGUCCCUUCAUCAGAUUUCCCACUCUCCCUUUUCAUUUUCCCCAUCUCAAAGAAUCUUCAAUCCAUAAUAACAAGUGUAACAAGGAGGGGGGGGAUCUCUCAGGGGGGGUUUGUUAAGUGAUGGCAUCGAAACGGAUCUUGAAAGAACUCAAGGAUCUCCAGAAAGAUCCUCCUACUUCUUGCAGCGCAGGCCCUGUUGCUGAAGACAUGUUCCAUUGGCAAGCUACGAUUAUGGGUCCUGCUGAUAGUCCAUAUGCAGGGGGGGUCUUUCUGGUUGCAAUUCAUUUUCCUCCAGACUAUCCAUUUAAACCUCCUAAGGUUGCUUUCAGGACAAAGGUCUUUCACCCAAAUAUCAACAGCAAUGGUAGCAUUUGCCUUGAUAUCUUGAAGGAGCAGUGGAGCCCUGCCCUCACUAUAUCUAAGGUGUUGCUUUCGAUUUGUUCUCUAUUGACGGAUCCAAAUCCCGAUGACCCUCUGGUGCCUGAGAUUGCCCACAUGUACAAGACUGACAGGAGCAAAUACGAGACAACUGCAAGGAGCUGGACCCAGAAGUAUGCAAUGGGUUGAUGUGCUGCUAUCUGUGUGAUAGGGAGAUGAUCAAUUACUGCCCUCCUGAUAUACAUUUGCUGAUUUAAUUGUUUGUAUGAGAAAUUGCCUUUAGUACUUUGAAAAACCUGUUUUACGUAUCCUAAUGUAUCAACCUUGUAUCCCUAUUUUCAAAAACCCCAUAGGAUGAUGAGCUGCAUUCCUCCA